GCCAGCGUCCGUUGUGCAGUGCGGUACAGUUGAAAAACCUCAUCCGAUCCAAAGUGUGCUAUCGUUGCGCCAGUUCCUUUGCGAAAAGUUCAGUGCUCGUCCAUUCGUACAAUUUGACGCAUCAAAAUGGCCUUCAAGUUUGUAGUAUUUGCAUCGCUGCUUGCCUUUGCCGCGGCCUUCCCCGGCGGAUACGGCGACUACUACGGGGCGGAACAUCAGCUGGAGGGCGGUCAUCAGUAUGGACAGGUGGCGCGCAUUUCGCUAGGCGACGGCCACGGACACCAUGAGUACCAUGAGGAUGAGCACGUCGACUACUACGCCCCACCGAAGUACGCCUUCAAGUACGGAGUCAACGACUUCCACACCGGUGACGUGAAGUCGCAGCACGAAACGCGCGACGGUGAUGUCGUCAAGGGUCAGUACUCGCUCGUGGAACCGGACGGUUCUGUGCGCACCGUCGACUACACCGCCGACAAGCAUUCGGGCUUCAACGCGGUGGUACACAAGACGGCCCCGGUCAGCCACCAUCAGGGUGGUCACUACUAAAGGCUCCCCCUUCUGAAAGGGAACGCGAACUGCCCCGGCCCGUUCAGGGCUUCUUAGUGCCUAGGACCAAUGUAUAGCCCAGUAGUCUUCUCACGUUCUCACUUCCGUCUCGCUCCACUGAACUUCAGCAACGACUUAGGACUCUUCCACGAGAACGCUUUUGCCAAACGGCGGCGGAGUGACCAACAUCUGUGUGAAGCGCUCGCCGGGAAAAAUCAUUUACGGACUUCGCGUCCGAGAGGCGGCCUUUUCCAUCCAAAAUCCAUCGAAUCAACUGUGAUAUUAACAAAUUCUGCCACGACGGUCAGAUGACUGCCACUGGUGUGACCUUGUGCGUGCCGGUGCACAUCUGACCAUGGGCCAGCCAAGAUAAGCAAGAAGGAGCAAAUUGAGAUGAAAAUUCAACCUCUAAUCGAUGGUGCGGAAAAGGGCGCAAAUGAGUUUUCCCGGGAGCCACGUGCCGGAUCGCUUACGUAAUUGUAACCGUUGAGCGGAUAGUCAGCAUGGCGUUCAAGAACCGGUUCGCUAAGAUUGUCUUCCUGGGGUCGGUACAUUUCCUGGAUUACGCAAACCAACCAUCGCCACCCUGGUCACGUUCGCCCGGGAGGAUCGCGGAACCAUGAAAAGACACCCCGUUUUGCGUGUGUGUUACACGGCUCGUGUACGUGCACGGUUCGACACACGGUUCCCCCUAUCCCAGUUGGACGAGAUUGGCACGCGAUAGUCAGCUGCUUCGUUUGCCAACGGUGUGGCUCGGUACAUCAUAUUACUUCACUGCACUCCGCCCCAUUCCCAUCUCGUGAGACUCAUGUUGACUUGUAUUUAUGUAAUUAUUAUGUUUGUUUUGUUAUCUGUUAUCAAAGCGAAUAAAGAGGAAGUCAAAAUGUA